AUAUCCACCAUGAUUGUGAUUCAUUCCGAGUCUCCGACUGAUAAGCCUCGUUUUUUUUAGGAAUCAUUAGGGCUGUGUUAAGAAAAUAAAUUAAAGAAAAAUUCCAAACACUUUGAAUCUCUUAUCCUGGUGUUUGGUGAAAGAGAAAACGAAAGAAAAUGAAGCUGAAGCAAUUAGAAAGCAUGUUAGGAGAACUUGAACAAUUCUCCAAUCCAAAGAUAGAGCUGGAGCAGUACCCAACUGGACCUCACAUUGCUUCUCGAAUGCUUUACACUGCAGAGAAUUCGUUUGGUGAUGUGAGCAACAAGGUUGUGGCCGAUUUCGGCUGCGGCUGUGGCACAUUGGGUGCUGCGGCUGCUCUUCUGGGUGCGGAACAGGUUUUUUGCAUUGAUAUUGAUUCGGAAUCUCUUGAGUUAGCGUCUCUGAAUGCGGAGGAGCUUGAGUUGGACAUAAAUUUUAUACAAUGUGACAUCAGGAACUUAGGAUGGAGAGGUCCUAUUGUUGACACUGUUGUGAUGAAUCCUCCAUUUGGAACCCGGAAAAAAGGUGCUGACAUGGACUUUCUUUCUAUGGCUUUAAAGGUUGCUUCUCAGGCAGUUUAUUCUUUGCAUAAGACCUCAACAAGAGAGCAUGUGAAAAAAGCAGCUUUACGAGACUUAGGGGCCAGUAGUGCGGAUGUUUUAUGCGAGCUUCGGUACGAUGUACCACAACUAUACAAGUUUCAUAAGAAGAAGGACGUGGAUAUCGCUGUAGACCUCUGGCGUUUUGUACCCAAGAGCAGAGGAAAAAAGAGCAUUUAAAACUGAAUUUAACUUCUGUUUGGUCAAAAUGUGAAAAAUACACUGGAAUAUAUGCAUCAACAACAAUUGAUGAGAAAAUUGUUAUCUUCCCUUUUCAUUUCAUACAUCAGAAGAUCCCUGCUAGCAGUUUGUUCCCAAGUCA